UUAUACGUUCGGUUUCUGCGCGCGCAUGUCUCGCUAGUUUGUAUAAAUUUUCGAAUUUUUGCACUCCUGAAAAUAAUGGCUUCGACUACAAAUUCGAAGCAACCCCAAGUUAACGGGGAGCUUCCCUGCUUCAAAAAGUUUAUGAUGGAAAAUAAGAAUAAAGUGACUGUAGUGCUGGGUGCUCAGUGGGGUGAUGAAGGUAAAGGAAAAGUGGUGGAUUUACUGGCUGUAAAUUCUGACAUCGUGUGUCGCUGCCAGGGCGGUAACAAUGCUGGUCACACCGUGGUGGUGGAUGGCAAGGAGUUUGACUUCCAUCUCCUGCCCAGUGGUAUCAUCAAUACGAAGUGUAUAUCUGUGAUAGGUAAUGGCGUGGUCAUCCACAUUCCGGGGCUGUUCGAAGAGUUAAAGAAGAACGAGCUGAAAGGCAUGCAAGGAUGGCAGGAACGCCUUAUCGUAUCUGACAGAGCACACAUCGUGUUUGAUUUACAUCAACAGGCGGAUGGUCUGCAAGAGGCAGAAAAAGGCAAGAAUUCACUAGGCACUACCAAGAAAGGCAUCGGCCCGACUUACUCGUCGAAGGCGACUCGUAAUGGCGUCAGAAUCGGAGAUCUUCUGGGUGAUUUUUCUGUAUUUGAGGAAAAAUUCCGUACUCUAGCUGCGGGCUACAAGCGAAUGUUCCCAGCAUUAGAAGUGGACAUAGAGAGUGAAUUGGCAAGAUACAGAGAGUACGCGGACAGAAUCCGUCCCCUGGUGAAAGACACUGUCGCCUACCUCCACAGGGAGAUAAAGCUUGGCAAGAAAGUGUUGGUGGAGGGAGCUAAUGCCGCCAUGUUGGAUAUUGAUUUUGGUACAUAUCCGUACGUGACGUCAUCAAACUGCAGUAUCGGAGGCGUGUGUACCGGGCUGGGGUUGCCGCCGAACGUCAUCGGUGACGUGAUUGGCGUCGUCAAGGCGUACACGACGCGCGUCGGCGACGGACCCUUCCCCACAGAGCUGCACGAUGAGACAGGUAAGCUGCUGCAGGAGCGCGGGCACGAGGUGGGGGUGACGACGCGGCGAGUGCGGCGCUGCGGCUGGCUCGACCUCGUCGUAGUCAAGUACACCGCCAUGGUCAACGGAUACACUUCUAUAUGUCUGACGAAGCUGGACAUCUUGGAUACACUAAAGGAGAUGAAGAUCGGUGUCGCGUAUAAGCUGGACGGGAAAAAGUUACACUACUUCCCCUCCUCUAUGCAUGAACUCAGCAAUGUUGAGGUGGAUUAUAUCACACUGCCAGGUUGGGAUUGCAAGAUCGAGGAUGUCCGGCAAAUGGAAAACUUACCGGAGCAGGCGAGGCAAUAUGUUAAAACUAUUGAAGACUUCCUACAGAUCCCGGUGAAAUACAUCGGUGUAGGACAAGGACGGGAGUCUAUCAUCAGGGCGGAAUAACACAGCACGUGACGUCACAGCGCACCGCUUCCUGUACUAGACAAUUGUAUCACUUUACUAUAGCUCUGCUGGAUAACUAUCGCAAUACAUCACAAACUAGACUUUACAGUCGAGGACGUUUAUUCCCUACCCAUUUUAUUUAAAAUAUUCUUUGUAACAACGUAAUCUUGUCAUUUGCAAUGUAUAUUCAAAUUUAAUGGAUAUGAGAAAUUGUAUGAAACGUAUUUACACAAUUUUACCUUUACAAUGCUGUAAUCAAUUUAUUGAAAAUGACCAUUUUCGUG